UUUGGUAAGGUCAUAAAUAGGAUAGGGAAAAUUGUAGAUUUUGGUCUUAAAUAGGGUAAGGGUUAAUGGGAAGCCGGUCACACAUUCCCACCCAAUUUUUCUGGGAGUACCCCCUCCCCUCCAUUUGAAUGCCAAGAAGACCCCAGGCACUUGGCUAUUCUGUCAUUCUAUGUCAAAUCUGAUAUUGAAUUAGACGGUAAGCAUCAUAACAUUUGACAUCAAAAACUGAAGUUGUUUUUUUAUUUUGUUAACAAUGCCACAGACCAGGGAAGAAAUUCAGCACCUUUUGAGUAUCUAUCAGAGGUGCUGAAACAGCAUCCAGCCAGAGACAAGCAUAUUGUUAGGAUCAAGGCAUACAUUGCCACAUUGUUAUCUCGUCCUGAUCCCUUGUCGUCAGAGUGGAAUAUAACUGUAAAACUGAAUGACGGAACAGCUGCUGUGGAUGCUGACUUGAGUGAAAAGGUAGGUUGGGAAAGUCUACAUAUGAGCCAAGUAGCCCAUCAGGCCAGCGCUUAUCUCUGGUUUCAGUAGCAUGACACGAUUUGGAGUUUUUCGUUUCCCCCCUGGAUGGGAUGCAAGUCAUCGAAGGGUUACCUCCAACAUUAAAUUAACCAGUACCCAUUUAUACACCUUGGUGGAGAGAGGCACUGUGAGAGUUAAGUGUCUUUCCCAACACAAUGUCUCGGGCCAGGGCUUGAUCCUGGCCCACUUGAUCUGGAGUCGAACACACUAACCAUGAGGCCACCGUGCCUCUGCAAAAAAAGGUAAAUGGUAACCAAACUGACUGUUUUGUGAACGGAAGAUGAAAUGUCUCUGGGCGGUAUGCUAGUCUAUUGCAGGCUAUCCCAAAGCAUAAAAAUAUGGCAGAUCCCUUAUCAAGGUUGAUCAUGAUAAUAUAGGAUAUAGCGUUCUCUGGUAAACAGUAUUUAAAAACAUAAGCUUUCAACAACCGGUCUACUGUCUUUGACAGAUGAAAGUUGUGAUAAAAUUAAAUGUUAGAAAUUUGAAUAUAGAGAGUAAAUCGCAUAAAUUUAAAAUUACUAUAGGUAUAAAGAAUGUUCAAAAGAAUGCUAAAAGUGUUAAAAUUAAUGUUUGUGUAAAAGAGUGUUGUAUUGUCUUGGGAGUGGGCAUGAGUUAUUAUCAGCCUCAACAGUUUUUGCCAUGUGCCAUGAUUCCAGUGUCUUUCUGGUGCAAUGGUUUCGUUUGUCAAUGAUUGUGGAGUUGUCAAAGUCAAUUACGUGGUCAAAACUCUAUGCAUGUUUAGCAACAUUGGAGCCUUAAGCACAUUGUUUUGUAUUUCUAAUAUCUUCUUUUCUUCUGGUGCUAAAUGAUCCUUUAGUUUCACUGAUGUAAUUCGAUUGACAUGAUUUUGUAAAUAACAUUGCACUGAUUGCCUUUUAAUAGGAGGUCGAAACUUGGGAACAGGAAAAUCUUAUUGUGGUGUUUUUGUUGGUUUCUUGAAGACUUGAAUGUCAUGCCUCUUAAAAAUCCGAGUGAGUGGCUCAGUAACGCUCUUGAUGUAGAGAAGGAAUGCAAAACUCUGUCACCUCGAUGGGUCAGCCCAUUUGAAGAACAUACACUAUUACCAACUAAUUCCUCUGGUGUUGGUGUAGGUGGUGGUGGCAAUUUCUUUCUUAUGAUAUGUGAUUUACUCUCUAUAUUCAAAUUUUUUAUGAUAUGUGAUUUGCUCUCUAUAUUCCAAUUUUUGAUGUUUCAUUUUAUCACAAAUUUUUAUCCGUUGAAGACGGUAGACCGGCUGUUGAAAGCUUAUGUUUUUAAGUACUUUUUUUUUACCAGAGAAUGCUAUAUCCUCUAUUAUCAUAUCCCAAGCAUGUUUUCAAGUUAUCCCCCAAGAUUGCAGGUACAAUAAUCUGUGAGUAAGAACCUGUAUUUUCCCAAAUUACCCUAAACAGGUUCCUACAUAAAUGGUAUUUAACAAACAUUUAGUUUACUUAAGCCUUAAAGGGGUUCUUAUAUUCUUAAGAAAAUAAUUCCAGUUGAGCUUUCAAAUUUAGUACUUUUCAGCCUAUCCCUUACAUAAAAUUAGCGUAAUAAGUAUUUAUUAUUUUAUGCAAUAAUGACUUAUAUUAAAAAAAGAAAUGCUUACCACACAAAUGGUCAUGCGGAAGUCUUACCUUUGUACAAAACAUUACAUGCUUUCUCAGCAUUAACAGUGUAUAAAAGAUGGCAAAAUGCUAUAUAUUUGUCCAAUUUAGUGGAUUUUUACCCAUGAUUCAGAAAAUAAGAACCUGUUUGAAAUUUUAGGCUAAACAGGUUCUUGCACAGCGGGGUCUAACUCGCAAAUUUUGGCCUAGCAGAUUCUUAAAAUCUAGGUUCUUACUCGUGGGUUUUUACUGUACUCAAUAAAUAAUAGCUGAAUAGAACUUUGAUAGAACGAACUGUCUUGCCAAUGAACACAACACAGUGACUCGCUCAGGGUUCAAGACCUCUUUAUCUUUACGCUUAAAUAUGUAAUUUAUAUGAUUGUCUCAAGCCAACGUUACUCUGGCAAAGCAUGGCCAUCACAAAUACGUACAGAUUUUGAAUGAAUGAGAAAAUAAACGUGGGAUACGUGAAACUUGCGUGAGGCCUAUAUGUGCCAAAAAUUAGCACGUGUGGUCUCACCGCGCACCCAGUGUGACCCAGUCCCCUCCCCGUAUAAUUUGAGGCCAGCAAAUCUCAACAGCUCCGGACGGAUUUGAACUUUGUUACCCCUGUUGAGUGGGUUUAGCAUUGCCGUUCUCAGCGAAGAAACUUAUUCUUUACAGAAUUUGUACUGGUUCACACUCCCUAUAAAAAACGAUCCAAAAUUCCUGUUGACUUGCUGCUCUGACUCGGGUAAUGUGAAGUUUUUGUCUGCAAAUGUACUUCCUGUGUGAUGGUGUACUCCGGAAAUCCCGACAGCUUUUAAUCUAGACAAUUUUGAGUCUUUCAACACAUACUAAAAUACCACACUGAAAACCAAUAGCAUUUCAAAUCGUAAACGAAUUUGAGCUUAUGGUAUGUAAACAGCAGAAAUCUUGGCACUUUUCAGUGUAUACUCGUGAUCUCGUGAUCUCAGUAUCACGUAACGAGCUGAAGCAGAAUUCCAGAUUGUUCAAAUCACCGACCGAAAUGGCCGCCGUUCAAAAGCAGACAUUGCCUUCGUUUUCUUCCAUCAUUUCUGUUUUGUCUAUUGUGUUUUACUGUGUUGGGUUUAUAAGAGUAGAACUGGAGAUGAACGAGCAGAAGAACAGAAUAAACACUCUUGAAAACGUUGCAGAGGCCAAUCCGAAGUCAAACGACGCAGACAUGAAAAUCAAGAAAGCUCCUGAAAUUCAAAGACUCCAUAGAAAGAGCCGUCACGUUGUAUUAACUAAGAACGCGUCUGAAGCUGACAGCACAGCGGAAACGAUGCUCCAAAUAAACAAACUCUUAUCAUCCGGGAGAUUGUAUCUCUGUCAGUCCAAAGGUGUCACGUGUUCGUCAGGUCCUCCAGGCCCUCCCGGUCCACGUGGGACAAAAGGAGCCCGGGGACGAAGAGGACAGAAAGGAAGAACUGGACACAAAGGAGAUCAAGGUAUUAUGGGAUCGCCAGGAAGGAGCGGCAAGCAAGGCAUUAUGGGACCUGUGGGAUUAAAGGGAGACUCUGGAACCAAAGGUCAGAAAGGAGGCACAGGACCCUCAGGCAUGCCGGGAAGGAAAGGCGAGCCCGGCGAAUCGAUAUCAUCUCCCGCUGUUGUUAUUUCUCCCGUGAUGUUGACAGUGAACGAAGGUGGCUCAGCCUCGUUUCAGUGCUCAGCAAGCGGUAAUCCUGUGCCUGCAGUAACGUGGAGUAAACUGGACAGUCAGUCAGAAAUCAUUCAGUCAGCGGUUUCAGGAGAAAAGUUGCAGUUGAAGCACGUGACUGGAAGUGACACAGGCUUGUAUCAGUGUUCAGCAACAAACAUCCUGGGGGAUUCACGGAAAGUGGCGCGGUUGACAGUAAAUGUGCAUCCUCGUGUUACUCUACAUCCGGGACCUUAUCACGUCAUUGAAGGAAGCAACGUCACCUUACCUAUCUGUCACGUGACCGGAUACCCAGCUCCUGUGGUCACCUGGAGGAAGUUGUCUGGUCAGUUACCCCAGGGGAGGGCGCAGUAUAACAACACUGCUUUACAAAUCUCAAAUGUCCGUAAAGUUGAUUCUGACGCCUACUUCUGUUCAGCGGUCAACAUUUUAGGAAAUGUUGAAAGAAAAACUGUACUAGUUGUGAUUUCACUUCCUGAGUUUACCGUUAAACCGCCUGGAAAGGUCUUUGUUGGUCCUGGAACCACUUUAACCUUGAACUGUAGCGCCAUCGGUGAUCCACGACCAGUCAUCAGUUGGAAAAGACAAGGAGCAGUACUGCCCGUGGGGAGGAGUCACAGGAUAAACAAUGCCCUUGUCUUGAGAGAUGUGACAAGAGAGGAUGCUGGAAACUACAUUUGCGUGGCUACAAGUGCAGGAGUGUUUGAUAUCGAGACAAUAAGUGAUGUUGAAGUUAGAAAACCGAGAGAUUGUUCAGAUCUGUUAAAAUCAGGCCAUACUCAGAGUGGAGUGUACUCUAUCAACCCAGACGGUACAGGACACUUCAGUGUCUACUGUGACAUGCGCACUGACGGUGGAGGUUGGACCGUGUUUCAACGAAGGCAGGAUGGCUCGGUAGACUUUUUUCGGGGAUGAGACGACUACAAAGCAGGCUUUGGUCAGCUGACUGCUGAGUUCUGGUUAGGAAACGACAAAAUCCACAGGCUGACGGCCUCUAGACCCAGCUCUUUACGAGUGGAACUAGAGGACUGGAACGGAGGUAAAGCGUAUGCCAAAUAUGGCAAGUUCAACAUUGGUGACGAGCAGGCGCAGUAUCGACUUGAAGUGGGUUCAUAUUCAGGUACAGCGGGAGAUUCUUUAAAAGAGCGUGGAAAUUACUCGGCGUUUAGCACAAAGGACAGAGAUAAUGACGAAGCCGAUUUUUUCGACUGUGCUGCUUCGUAUACAGGCGCCUGGUGGUACAAGGAUUGCCUCUAUUCCAAUCUAAACGGAAAAUACCUGGGAGAAGGAAAGAGUGGCGGCCGAGCAACUGUGUGGUUCGGCUUCAGAGGUUGGCUCUCACUCAAAUUUACUGAAAUGAAACUGAGACCGACAUCGUAGAAAUAAUAAUACCAGUUACACCUUAACUUUGAAAAACAAUUUUCUCAUAAAAUUGUUCCUUAAUCUAAAAUAAACUCUCUCCGUGCUCUUUUGCUCCAAACCCCUCGAUCUCCCCAUCCCCUCUCUUCCUCCAACUUUACGCUCGCUUUGUUUCUACAUUUUUUGUGUCCAACUGGAAAGAAAAUGAAAACAGUCCGCGUAACCAAGUAACCAUUGAGAAUUUUUCGAUUUCUUUUUCCUUUUGAUGAUGGACUUCCAGUAUUUGAACCCGUUGAUAACUAUACACUGUUAAAUAUUAACGUUAUUUUCGCUUCAAGUGUAUGAUAAUUUUCUGCGAAACUAGAAUUUAGCACUCAGUUCUUCGUGAAAUAUGAGUUUUGUUUUCAUUUA